AUGGCUUCGGGUCACCGCGGCGCAUCCGUGGGUCCGUCCCGCGACAAGUCGUAUUUCGAGCAGCAGCGCGAAGCUCUCCUCGGCGACAUUGCCAUGAGCUUUGAGCAGGUCCUCGGCAACAUUAACAAGUUGAAUCGGUCGCUAGAGUCCAUCAUCGCGGUGGGAAACGAGUUCUCGUCGGUGGAGACGCUGUGGUCGCAGUUUGAAAACGUCAUGGGCAAAGACGAGACGGCCGAGAAGCAGGGCGAGGGCGAUAACGAGGGAGAGGAGGAGGAGCAGUCGUCAUCGCCGCCGCAGCAGCAGUCGCAACAGCGGCAGCAAGGAUCGGGGCCGAGAUCGAGGGGUGUGAAGCGGGAGGCGCAGAGCGAUGCCGAGGAGGAAUGA